AUGCAUGGUUUGUGUCCACGUGACACUACAUGUCUCCCCACUCGAAUUUCGCACUUGGGCUCUCACUUCCGGCCGUUGAUUGUCGCGCUCUCAUCCGUCGUCGAACAACCAGAUCAGACAGUCAAGAUGGCUCCCGCACGCAAGAAGUGGUCCAAGGGCAAGGUCAAGGACAAGGCCCAGCACGCCGUUGUCCUCGAGAAGACCGUCGCUGAGCGUCUCAACAAGGACGUCCAGUCCUACCGUCUCAUUACCGUCGCCACCCUUGUCGACCGUCUUAAGAUCAACGGCUCCCUCGCCCGUAAGGCUCUUGAGGACCUCGAGGAGAAGGGCCAGAUCAAGAAGGUUGUCGGCCACUCCAAGUUGAACAUCUACACCCGUGCCGUUACCGCUGAGUAA